GACUACAAGAAAUAUUCUAACAUAUUUCUGUAUUAAACUCCCAUCAGUUUCUUUUGCAAAAGCCAUUUUUCGUGGUUAACCUAAUUGUUCUUAAAUAUGUAUAAGAACAGUGGAUUUCACAUUUCGUUCUUAUCUUAUCGCCCCCCUAAAACAUCUCCGAAUUUAGAAACGCGAUGGAGUCUCGAAUUCCAACGACGCCGCGAACUAAUGAAAACAAUGAAGGCCCCCACAAUAUCAGAAGUCAAAGUAGUGUCUGGUUUACCCCUGGCUUUAGUAAUUUUCGAACAAAGUCACGAAGACAUACAAGAAGACCUCGGAGUUGUUCCAUCUUUAGAAGGUCCUAAAGGUGAACUAUGGGUUUCCCCGAGCGAUUUACUUAUCGGAAAAGUCGCAUUGACUCCUCCUCUGACACAGAAACAUAUCCAGGCCUUAACGCACCAAGGAAUUAUCGCGUUGGGUAGUGAAAUUGAAGAGAAGUUUGUCAACGAAUUCAAAAUGGAAAAAGAGAAGGCUAUCAAAGAACGUGAAAUUUGUCUAGGGAAGAUUUUCGAGGUUGAAAAAGCGCGAGCUAUUAAAGAAGCCCUUCAAGCUGAGGAACGCAAAUUUGCGAAACGAAUGGACGAAAUGCGUACCGUUUUUGAAAAUAAAAUCAGUCAGCUUUUGUGGGAAUGCUUCGAUCAAAUAAAAACAUUAGAAGAACAACUUCAGGUUGAAAUUGGUUCGCUUAACGUGAUAUGGCAAGCGCAUCUGGAUGCCCAAAUAAAGGAAACAAUAGAUCGAAUUACAGAGGAAUUUUUAGAGAAAAUGAGGCAGCAAGAGAUGCUUUUAGUCAAUAUUUAUACGAAAAAAAUCAGGGAAUUAAAAACGAAGAAAAAAUGUGCUAUUGAAUUCGAGCGUCGCAAGUGUAAAGAAACACUGAUACAAAUGAAGCAUAAACUUCAUUGUGAGAAUGUAGCAAAUCUGAUGUAUCUCCUGUGCAAAGAAAGAAGAAAAUGUAAAAAUGAGAAAGAGUCAAUACAUGAUGAUUAUUUAGCACAAAUAAAACAGCAUAGAAUGACCAUACGGACCAAAAAUAAUACUAUUAAAAAAUUAAAAGCAAUUCGCGAUAAAAAGACAAAACAGGUCAAAGUGAGAGAAAGAUGCUUGAUUGAAAUUUUGAGACAAUUCCAGAAAUUUAUUAAUUACGCACUUAAAGCAACCCCCACCCAAGGCGAAUUUCUGCUAAACAUAAAUAAAUUAAUUAAAUUUGAAUUGGACGAUUAUUGCCUCCCUCAAGAAAUAAAGGAAGAACAAAGCAAAAAAACACCUCAAGUUAUUGAAGUCUCUUCAUCCCUAGGGGAAGAAACCGAUGAUUACACUAAACAAAUUGAACAAUUCAUAAAAGAGCAAAAUUCUGAAGACAAUUUUGAAGAAAGUGACGUUUUGCCUGCCUUCUAUUUUAACAAUAAGGUUUACAUUAGAGAAGAUUUCCGAGACAUGCUUGAGGCCGGAAUAGAGGUCGAUCGCAAAAAUUCCUUGUGGAACCCCGACGUCGAAGAAUUAAUUCAGAUUUUCCGAAGACAGAUCAGUGCAAAACUAACUGACAAAUCCGACAGAAGGUCUAUCAGUAAAUUGUCACGUCAUUCGAGUGUCCAUUUUAAUCACGAAAAAUCACCCAGUAGUAGUUGUUUGUCACAACAAAUUCUAGCAGUAUCUCCCGUUACAUCCAAAGCAUCGCAUCACGACUCGACCCAUAUUUGUGAACUCAAGACUUCAGCAAUACCAACGCCAUCAAUGGACGAGGAGGAGAAGGAAAUCAGGAAGGUGUCGCUUGAAACGGAAAAAGACAAGAAAAAGCCAAAGAGACCGUCGAUUAUUAUUAAAGAGUCGGAAGGGUCUACGAAAAAACGGGAAUCUACUGAUGCAACCUCUGAUUUGAUAACACCGGACCUACGAUCGCAUCUUACAACUCAAUCGAAGCUGACUUUGGCACGAGACUCUUUGAUUUUACACAUAACUUCUAUGGAAAGGAAAUCUAUUCAAAUAAUGGCGAAAAUGGCCGAUGCUGGCUCUAUCGGGAAAACUAGUAAUUUGGAAGAAAAAUUAAUCGAACUAAAAAGUUCGCCAGUGGAGGAUGACCAAGAGUUGAGCUUUCAAGAGGAUGAGAUGAAACCAUUAGAGACACAGUCAAUCGGAAGUCGGGGAAGUCUUCAAAAACCGCCAAGCAAGCCCACAUCAAAACUUUUAUUAGCCAAUGACUCGUAUGAAUUGAUCAAAUCAACAAUCGCUCUAGUUGGAGAAAAAGAAAAAGACAAAGAAGGUCUAGAAACAGACAUGGAACAAAAAAAAUCUCAAUUGACUUUUAAUUCUAAAAUUUCAGUUGAAGGUCGCACUUUUGAGGCUAGUGCUGUCGGUAAAACACUUAAGGGAAAACAAAUAAAAACACCACGUGGUAAGAAACUAACUCCAAUGAAACAAACGCCACGAUCAGUUGUCAAAGUCGCCGGUUCGCGUAAGACGAAAGAACACGCGCAAACAGUGGACGAAUUUACCGAUGAAAGGAUCAAGGAUUUGGUUAAUUUGAUGAAAGAAAAUCCGAGUUUAAUUCACCUAUUUACUCCAUGCUCAAAAUAAUCAUUUCAUGUUUUGUUUCAUCUGUCGCACCAAUACACUUGUUUUUAUUAUAA